AUUUUGCAUUGUGAAGCAAAGAAUAAUAAUUUGUGAAACGUACUGGAACUGGAAGAUGUCUGAUGCCUUCAUUUGUAUGAAUUUAGGUUGUCUUGUCAUGUCUUCCCGCCUGCUGUAAGAAAACGUGCCUGCACAUUCAUGGCGUGUUCCCGUACAUCUAUGUGCCAUUUGAUGGCGAAUUGGACCCCAAUCAGCAAAUGUACCAACUGGCAGCAAGUCUUGACAAAGCUCUGAAUAUAGCUUUGGGCACAGCCAACUCAGCUCGUCAGCACAUUUACAAAGUAGUCCACGUGAAAGGAGUGCCAUUCUACGGUUACCACGAAAAAAGCCACCAGUUCUUGAAAAUCUAUUUCUAUAAUCCCUUGAUUGUAAAAAAAGCUACCGAUCUAUUACAGAAUGGGGCCGUGUGCAAUAAAAUAUUUCAAUGUCAUGAAGCUCAUUUGCCCUUCAUACUACAGUUUUUCAUCGACUAUAAUCUACAUGGAAUGAGCUUCAUUCAACUGUCAUCCGUAGAUAUUAGAAAGGAACCUGGAUCCAUGCAUUCUAAUCUAGAAUGCGAUGUAAGGCUGGCAAAAACUACUUACUGUGAAUUGGAAGUCGAUGGUCUCGCUAGCGAUAUUUUGAAUCAGAAAACAGUCUCAGAAGGAGAGGUGGCGAAUCCAGGGUUGGCGGGAAUUUGGAGUGAAGAAAGGCUGAGGAACGAGGCUGAUGCGAGCCAGCUCAGUGAGAAGCAAUCGCAACAGAGAACGGCCAACAACAAAACCCUCAGUGAAGUUUUGCUGAGGCAGAGGCUCAGAGAAGCACUUAAUGAGCUGAGUGGUAAAAUUUCUGGAGGAAGUGUGAGCACAGUUCUGUACCCUAUCGAGUCAACUCCAGGAGAUGCCAUCCAUGAUGCAUCGAUGGUGGAAGCAUCCAUGGGGGCCUGUAACAUCUGCACUGACCAUGAAUCGUCCACAUUUGUGCCCAACUUGGAUGACUCAGUUAUUGAUGAACAAUUGGUGUUAUCGCUCUCCCAGGCUCCUGUCAAUAUACAAGAUGUGUCACUACUUGACAUGAUGCAAGGUCUUGCCGAGAGGGGCGCCGAAUCGUAUGAGGGGGAGGGGGAGGGGUCGAAAAGUGGCACAGCUCUGCUCAGUCAGUCGUUCCACUGUUCCAAUAUGGAGGCAGACAGCGUUCUAGCAAUAAUGCAGCCGGCCGUCGAUUCUCUUGCAGACCAUACUACACAGAAAGAAGACUGUUGGCAAGACUCAGUAUGGAAUGGAAUGGACCUGGAUGACAUACCUCAAUUGGAUGGAGCUCCGGACGAAUGUGAUGAAGAACGAGACGUGCCUUCUAGCAGACGACAAACUCGCCAGUCGUUGAAAAGCAAUGCAGAUAUCAUGAGGAAGGAGAGUCCAAUCAGCAAGACUGCCGUCAGAGUGUCAUCGCCCAUAUCCAUCAAUAGUUCAGAAGAUGACAGUUACAUGAGUUGUACUCCCAUGAACAUUUUUAACCAGGAAAGGUUCUGGUGCUCUAAAAAAGAAAACGCGGACAGUGAUUUGGAAGAAUCGCUAUUUGACGAUAGAAUGACUCCGGUUACAUUUUUAAAACCAGAUGUGUUCGAUGACGGUAUAAAUAGUUGUGAAAAUACGGCAUCCACUUAUGACAAUGUUCUGAUGCAUGGUGACCCCUCCCUCAACAGUCUAGCCGAAGCUGUAAAUGAACUAAACGAUAUCGAGCUCAACGAUAAUAAAAAAAGCGAAUUGACAGAAACUGGUCUCGAAACUUUAGAUGAAAACAGUCUAGACUCUGAUAUAUCUUCUGACUUUUGUCUUCAACUUAAAGAAGAUUCAGAUGGUGUCGUUACCAGCCCAGAGUUUAUUUUCAAUUUAGAUUAUGACUACUCCUCAAUCGACAACAACGAAGGCUGCGGAGAAAAUAACGAAGCUGUCAACAAGAAAAAAUCAAAGAAGGACAACAAAGGUGCUGGGAAUAGUACCAAUGGUCAUGGCACUAGCAACAAUAAUAAACCGAGUUCAAGUAAACGAAAAAAGAAUCCUCCAAAUAACAGUAAUAAAGUGGAAAAUGUUGUCUGCAAUGAAAAACAAAUUAUAGAUAUUGAACCAGAACAAGAAAAUAUAGAGUUAAAUAAUAACAGGAAGAAGAAGCAUUGCAAAACUGAAAAUAUUAAUGAAGAAGGUGCGAGUGACUGCGAUGGAGAAACCGAGCAUAGGAAAUCCAAGAUGAGUUGUAAAACUAACAAAAAAUCCAGCAAAAGCAGUGAGAAAUCUCAAGUAACGCAUGUUAUAAGCGAAUCCCCAAGCAAGAAACAAAAGAAGAACAGAAUAAGCAGAGAGAUUGUGAAUGAAGAGGGUUUGAAAAGUUGUAAGAAUUCUCUGAAAGAAGCAGCUCAUAAUAUUGACAAAAAUUCAGAGUCGCCAAGCAAGAACCAAAAGAAAGCCAGUAGUGACGUCGAGCCCAUGAAUAAGAACAGUUCAGUGAAUAAGAAUGUUGGAAAUAAUGAAACUAAGACUGUUAAAGACUACAGUGUUGAAGAAGAAGAUGAUGAUGAUGAUUUGUUCCGAAUAAAUUUCAACAUUAAGAAAGAAGUUAGAAGUCGUGCGAAUACAACCAACAAAUCCCCCUUCAAGUCAAAACCAAAGACUCCCAUUAAAGCUGCAACACCAGUCAAGUCAACUGAAUUACAAGAACAAAACUGUCAAAAUGAUUCUAACCAAUCUUUUCCUUUUUAUUUUUUCAAAAGUAAUGGUGUAGCAAUGAAGUUUAAUUUUCCGUUGAAGCAUAAGUUGUCCGAGAAGACGAAGCAGCUCCUGGUUGAAAGAAGAAAAGGAUUCGCAAAUGUCCUUUCACCAAUGGUCGAUUUUAGAAUUAAGGUUUCGAAUCUGGAGGAUGGCUACUUGACAAAAGAAAUUGUUGAAGAAUAUUACGAAAAGCAGAAUUCAAGUGGAGUUCAAUUGAAUUUGUGUGAGGUAAAUGCUGUUGACAAUGGUUCUUCCACACCUAAAAAAAUGAAAAUAUCCGACAACAGUAAGCCAAAGAACAAUACUGCAAGUGCCAAUCUAUCUCCUGAGCCCGGUGUAAAAACUAGUAUAAAACAAGUAAGUUCUAAGAAAAUUCUCAGUCCUAAGUUAGAGUGUGGUAGGAAUAGGAAAGACUCAGUAAGCUCUCCCAAGAGAAGUAGGAUUAAAAAGAGCUUGGAUUUUGAGUUGAGAAGCGAUGUAAAUGAUUCUGGUGAUUCACUUUCUAAGACGGUGGAGCAGAAUUACUUGUCUAGUACAGGUAAAAAUAAAUCAAAAUCUAUAUCUCUUCAAAAGCCACGAGAGCAUUUUAAAGGAUUUGAUGAGUUCGAAUUGAAUGAAAAUGACUUUAACAAACCAAACAAGAUGCAUUCUCUAAAUACUCCUACAAAUUUGCAAGCUUCAGGGUCUAGUCUCCCUAAGAGAAAUAAGUCUUUCAAAGCAGCAAAAAAUACAAUUUUGAAACCUUCUUUAAAGGUUAUGUAUGAUGUGGAAUCUUCUAAUAAGACUGAAAAACAAUCACCGAACAUUUCUGUCCUCAAAUCAGUUGUUAAGGGAUCACCAAUCAAAAACAGUAAUUCUCUGAAUCGGGAUGGUAAAAUUGAUAAAAAUUUCAAUUCUCCCAAGUCAAAAAUAUCGUCCAGGUUGGAAAAAUGUUUGCGAUUGAACAAUAUAAAACCAUGCAAAGUUGUAAUUGUUAGAUUACCUGAAAAUUAUAAACAUUUGUCUGUGAAAACUCGCUCUUCUAGGCAGAAACAGAAGAAGAAAGCUCUCUUUCCAAAGCCAAAACAGCACAAUGUAGUCGUUGAUGACCGAAAAUUAGUAGACUGCUCAAUGCCAAUUGAGAACAGUCGGGAAGUGAAUCAGGGUGUAGCAGUAUGCUCCGAGAAGGAGUUUGACACUUUUCAAGUGCCUUUCGAUAGAUUUGAAGUUGCUGAAACUAGCUCGAAAAUAGAUGUAGAAGACUGUCAUAACCUAUCCAAGUUGGUAGAAGAGAACCCGAUUGAAUUCAGGUUGUCUGUGAGAUUGGAUCGUAUUGACCAAUCAGUAUUUUUCCGCAGCAAUGAAAAGCGCGACUCGUUCAAAAUCGACAAUCUGGAUGGAUCGUUUGGAGAGGACAUGGAGACUUCAUCGGACGACGAUGUGCCCAUCACACCUUCAGCCAGAAAGACCGACCGCAACAAGGCACGUCUCAGCACACCUCGACCUAGAUACAAACCAUUGAAAGUGAAAAUCACCAAGAGCCCGCCGAGGAAGGUCUCCAAACCUCUGCCCCAGUGCUGGGUCCUCUUGAACAAACUCAAUUUUGAUGACUAUAAAGGAUCUUGUUCGGCUCAUCUGCCAGCUCGUCACACUGCUUGGCUGGUUAUUCAAAAAUCCGAAAUCCUGUUGAUGCCACUUCAUCACAUAGUCAUUCGGGAAGUGAUGAUUGUGAUAUUUUCGGGGAGGGGGAGGUCCUAUCGCAACCUGAACCGAAAAAGGCAGUGAAUUUAGUUAGAACCUGAUGAAGAUGAUUUCGAAUACUUGGCAAGCUCAAAUUUAUCUAAAGCUGCUCAAGACAAGACUUCUCAGAGAGUUGAAACCAACUCAGAAGCGAUAGGUUUGUGCUCUGAGAGCAUAGAUGAAAAAAAUAUUAAUGAUCAGUCAUUCCUGAAUGCCUCCGAAAAUUAUGAUAAUAAUUCUGAAAAAAGGAGUUUUACCUAUAGGAAUGCCUUACCAGUUAAUCCGGUUACAUUUAAAAGUAAAGAUACAGUGGAUAAGUAUAUGAGCAUACCUGGACCAUCCACAUCGUCCACCCAACCAUGGUGCAAUGCUAACGUUUAUGGUAGUGAUAGUUCCACUGAUGAAAAAGAAGAUAAAGCAAUUUUAAGCUUUUAUAAUACAAGUGUCUAUUUUCCAGAAAAUGACUCGGAUAGUGAGAAAACCAUUUAUGAAAUUGUCUCAGGCGAUGACAGUUGUGAAGUUAGUGACAAGGAGUACAAAACAUUCAUUCCUGAAAUUCAGCCGCCAUCUCACGACGGAAUCUUGUCCUCCUUAACUCAGUACGGUUUGACCAAAGUUUUGAAUCCAGAGCCGUUUUGUAGUGAUCUCUCAGAUAGGGCAUCAACAGAGGUGGGUCCAAUUUCCUUGAAAUUGAAAAGUCUUACAGCUAUUGAUGUUGAAGAGUACGAUGGGCCUUAUUCAAGGGGUCUCUGUAUGUACAGAAAUAAUCUGUUGAAAAGUCUUCAGGUGGAAGGAUUGAGUGUUCUAGCCGGCGAUAGACAAGUAUCUCUAAUACCAUUGAAACGACCACCAUCUUGCAUGCAAGUUAAAAAAUGGUUGAAAGUGAAAAGGAAACUAGAAGAAACUAAAAAAUCGGAAACAGAGGACAAGAGCGAGAAACUUGAGCGAUUAAUUGUGGCAUGCAGUCCUGGCCAGGACUAUGGCUCAGAUGAGGAACAGAACACGCUUGUGUUGACCCCCAUGUCACCCCCCAGUCGAAUUCACAGCACCCCCAGUGACUGUCCGCCCGGUACUUCCCUCUCUCUCACCGACACCCCUCUUUGUACUCCGGUCCCCCUUGCACCGGGUCGACGCACCAAACGAAAAUCGUCUGAUAUAUUGAAGAAAUCUUCCGCAAAAUUGCUGAAAAAUUAUGCUGCCAUGUCUUCCAUACAGGAGAAUGAAGCUGAUGCUGUCCAUGCUCAAAAAGAAGAACUAGAACUACAGUUGUCGGACAGUUCAAUUUGCAUUUCUGAAGAGACUAGGAAUAACUUGGAAGCCGAGCUGAAGAAGAAGACCCGUUUAUCGUGCAGUUUCCAAAUAGAGGCCUGUAAUAAUUCAGACAGUACCAGCAGUGGCCUUCCUACCCGAAUUGAUAAUUUACAAAAGACUCGUCCACAAAUACAGCACCAGUAUUUAACUCUGAUGAUUCUUGAACUCCACGUUCAAACUCGUGGUGAUCUUUUACCUGAUCCAGAAAAUGAUGCUAUAAGAGCUGUUUUCUACCACUUUGUCAAUGAUGUCCCCGAACAAGCUGAUAAUAUAACAAUGCUGACAGGGAUAAUCGCGGUUGGCCAUGUUGUAGCAGAAGAUGAGACAGUGUGUGUAACAUGUGUUUCGGAUGAGAUGGCUCUGCUGGUAGCUCUGGUCCAAUUGAUUAGAAGGUGGGAUCCUGAUAUGUUCAUCGGAUAUGAGAUAGAGAAGCUGUCGUGGGGCUAUCUGAUAGAACGCGCCUACACUGUGGGCAUGAACCUGAACGUGGAGCUGUCGCGUGUGAUGGGAGCAGAGGGUGCUGCCAGGCACGAGGACGAACAAGGCAUGCUGGCAGAGGACAUUCGCCUAGCCGGCCGCAUUGUGCUCAAUGUAUGGCGGCUGAUGAGACACGAGGUGGCACUGCAGAGCUAUACAUUUGAAAACAUGAUGUUCCAUGUACUGCGUCGAAGGAUACCAUUAUUCUCAUUUCGAUCAUUAUCUGCUUGGUGGGAACACAGAACGCAACUAUACAGGUGGUUGGCUGUAGAGCACUAUUUGGUGCGAGUGAGAGGAGUGGCUGAGAUCCUUGACCACUUGGACCUGAUCGGGCGCACAAGCGAACUUGCCCGACUGUUUGGUAUUCAAUUCUACGAAGUACUAUCUCGUGGCUCUCAGUUUCGAGUUGAAUCGAUGAUGCUGAGGAUGGCCAAACCGGAGAACUAUGUCGCUGUUUCCCCCACCACUAAGCAAAGAGCUCAUAUGCGUGCUCCUGAAAGCCUUCCACUCAUAAUGGAGCCAGAGUCCAGAUUCUAUGCGGACCCAGUUAUUGUCCUCGACUUUCAAAGUCUUUAUCCAUCAAUUAUUAUUGCCUACAACUACUGUUUCUCAACCUGUCUUGGAAGAGUCGAAAACCUAGCAAAAUCGGAACUUUUCAACUUCGGUUGUACUCACCUUCGAGUUCCAUUCAGUACGGUGAAACAUCUGGAAGAAAACCUCAACUACUCACCCUGCGGCGUUGCAUUUGUUAACAGCUCAAUUAGGAGGGGCGUUUUACCCAGAAUGCUGCAAGAGAUUCUCGAAACUAGACUAAUGGUUAAAAGAUCUAUGAAGAAAAACAAGAAUAACAAGGCGUUGCAUAAGGUUCUUCAUAACAGGCAGCUUGGACUCAAACUAAUUGCCAAUGUCACUUACGGUUAUACUUCUGCCAAUUUUUCAGGAAGAAUGCCAUGUAUCGAGAUAGGAGACAGUGUAGUGAGCAAAGGUCGCGAAACUCUGGAGCGAGCUAUUGCACUAGUUAACAAAACAGAGAAGUGGGGAGCGCGAGUGGUGUACGGAGACACGGAUUCGUUGUUUGUGCUCGUUCCCGGCAGAUCGCGCGCCGACGCCUUCCGAAUAGGUGCCGAAAUUGCCGAAGCAGUCACUGCCGAAAACCCCAAACCCGUCAAACUGAAACUGGAGAAGGUUUAUCAACCUUGCAUAUUGCAGACUAAGAAGAGAUACGUUGGACACAUGUGGGAAAGCCCAGACCAAGAAACACCAACAUAUGACGCCAAAGGCAUUGAGACCGUGCGCAGAGAUGGAUGUCCGGCUGUAGCAAAAAUUUUGCAAAAGUCACUACAGUUACUGUUCGAGACGAAAGAUGUGAGCAUUGUAAAGCGUUUCAUCUUGCAUCAGUUUUGGAAGGUCUCAUCUGGUCGAAUCAGCAUUCAGGAGUUGACCUUUGCUAGAGAAUACAGAGGGGCCAGAGGUUACAAACCUGGAGCCUGUGUUCCAGCUUUAGAACUUGCCAGGUCGUGGCUGAAGAAGGACCGACGGUCAGAGCCGCGAGUGGGUGAGCGAGUGCCUUAUGUGGUGGUGGCGGGUCCCCCCGGCCUCCCUCUCAUCCGGCUUGUCCGCAGUCCUCAUGCCCUGCUCGCCGACCCCGCACUUAAGAUCAACGCCGAAUACUACAUCACCCGGGUCAUCAUCCCGCCACUCAACCGCUGUCUCCUGCUCGUCUCAGCUGAUGCACUCAACUGGUUUAAGAGCAUGCCCCGCCGUCAAGCGCCCAGCCUGCCGAGCGCAGUGCCCAGUGGCGUGAAGAAGGCAACCAUUUCGCAGUACUUUGCGACAGUGACGUGUGCCGUGUGUCACGAGCACAACUGCACCACUGGCAUCUGCGACCACUGCCAAGCUAGGCCGCAAACGGUCGCCGUCUCCCUCGCCACGCAGCUCAACGCCUGGGAACGCAGGCGGCAUCUUGUUAUCAAGGCGUGCCAGUCAUGUUGCAGACGCUCUACCAACAUCGACUGCAUAUCACUCGAUUGCCCCGUACUCUAUGCCAGGGCAGACGCCGACCGCCAACUCACCCACGAACCAUUAUUCAGAAAACUGCAACAUGAAUACUUUGACUGUGAUUUCUGAACAAUAUUUUUAGUAUUAGGCCUAAUGCAUGAGAAAUAUUUUCCAACAAUCAGUAUUUAGUAAACCAUUACAGGAAUACUCUUGUAAAAUGUGAUUUCCCAACAGAAUAAAAUUAUUACUAUAUUAUUAUUAUUAUAAUUAUAUCUGCAUGGAGAGAUAUUUCAAUGUAUAAUGUAAACCCAAAAGGUAAUUUUGUUUAUCAAGUUUAUGAUAAGUGAAUGUUGUUAUAUUUAUAUUAUUUAUUAUAAAUAAAUUAUUUUUAUGAU